UCAACUUUUCUAUUUGAUSGAAAUUCAAAAAAUGAGGACUUUAUGUAUGCGACUAUUUACUUAAUGCUGAACUCAGGGAUACAGGAAGUCAGCUACUGAAGAGUAGUUACAUUAGGCAUAGAUAUUUAUAAACCAUCUGCAGCGAGUGACCUAGGAUUCAAUUACAACAUCAACCCUCACAUUUCAGCGUACGGGCAAAUUACCACUCGAGUCAAGAAUAUAUUCAUUCUGCCCUACUGGCGCUUUAGAUCAGAUUGCACAAUUCCGGGGGCAAAACUGCCUUGCCUAGCCCUAAAGCAUCAGGUACUAUAUAGUGCAGUAAGUUAGCAUCGGGACAUUAGACAGCACAUACUCCAGAAUUCAGGAGUUUGUCAUGUCACUUGAAAUCAAAGUGAAAUUAAGUUUCUGUCCCUUUGAGAUCUCUGAGCGCACAAAGUGAGGCUAUCACUCCAAGGGGCUUGGUAGAGUCCAACUCUGGCUGGACAAAAACUACUUGAUGCGGAACUUUCAUCUUUUUAGCCCCCCGUGGCGGGCCUAUCGGGUGAAGAGCCAGAGCGCGAGUUUGGGGGCGCAGCGGGGCCUGGCGGGGGCGGCGAGCGCGCGUCCCCCCGCCCGCUCGGGCGGCGUCGAGGCGCUGGCAGCUCAACCAGCCUUGCAGAGGGAGCUCUCGGCAGCUCUGGGGUCCCUCUGCUCGCAGCCGCAGCAGCGCCGCCUGCGCCACUCGGCGGAGACGGAGACCAGCGGCGGUGACGCGCGGACCGGGAGCGACUGCCGAGCAACCGAGCGGCUGGGGACGCACGCAGGACAGCCGCGCUCCAGGCUUCCUUCCUCACUUUCUGCAGCCCCUUUCAAAAGGACCACCAGGGCUCUCCACUCCAAGGCCAGAUCCUCGUUGCAUCAUGUGACUCAACUUGUGCCCGAUUCCCACACUAAGAAGGUGCAGAUCUCAAAAGCCACUGAGUUCCAGGAGAACAAGGCCAUACUUGGGAGUCACCACAGUGAACUAGUGGGGUAUAGAGAAUCUUCCAGGACUGCACAGUUGCCUUACAUCCUUGAACUUUCUUCCUUGUUGCUCAAUACAAGUGUGAUUUCUUGCUUAUUGGCUAUGAGUCUUGCAGGGCUGGGGACCAUUGUGCCUCAMUCAAAACUCCAUGUCACAGGAACUUGCUGGGUGCUCAAUGAAUACCUGUUGGAUUAUGAAUGA